CGCUUCAUCAUAAGCUGAGAAAAGUGAAAACUUGGUACCUUUUUUCAACACUCAACAUCUUUUUCAUAUAGUUCCUAUUUUUUUUUUUUCCACUAAGCAGCAAUUAUGUCUAAUCCUUUGCGUAUUUUCGUGCCUGUCAAGCGUGUCAUUGAUUAUGCCGUUAAGGUUCGUGUUAACCCUGCCAAGACAGAUGUCGAUCGCAAUGUCAAGCACAGCAUGAACCCAUUUGACGAGAUUGCUGUCGAGGAAGCUGUCCGUCUCAAAGAAAAAGCACCCCAAACUACUGAAGUCGUAGCCAUUUCUUGUGGUUCAGCCAAAUCUCAAGAAACCUUACGUACAGCUUUAGCUAUGGGAGCUGAUAGAGCUGUUCAUGUCGAAGUCAAAGAUGACAGUACACUUCAACCUUUAGCCGUUGCCAAGCUACUCAAGGCUUAUGCUGAGAAAGACCCCGAUACAACAAAGCCAGAUCUUUUUAUACUGGGCAAGCAAGCUAUUGAUGAUGAUGCGAAUCAAACAGGUCAGAUGUUGGCUGGUUUACUUCAAUGGCCACAGACUACUUUCGCUUCAAAGGUUGAAAUCAAUGGUAAGGAUCUAAAAGUGGUUCGUGAAAUUGAUGGCGGCCUUGAAACUGUCUCUACUCAGCUACCAGCUGUUGUUACAACUGAUUUACGUUUAAAUGAACCUCGUUAUGCCUCCCUUCCUAACAUCAUGAAAGCAAAGAAAAAGCCUUUGCUUAAACUGACACCUGAAGAACUAGGUGUCGACAUUUCACCUAGAAUUGAGACAUUGAAAGUAGAAGAACCUCCUAAACGUGUAGGCGGACGCAAAGUUGAAAAUGUAGAUGAAUUGAUUGACAAAUUACGUAAUGAGGCCAAAGUUUUGUAAAACAAAAAAAAAAACAGGGUUUGAUUUGAUGUUACAAAUAAAAGAAUAGUUAUCAAACGCAAGCAUAAACUGAUGAGAAGUGUCCUUCUGAGCCGAGCGAACAGAUAAUAAGUGGCUAACACAAAAGAUGCCCCCCACCGUUGACUCUAUUUCACUUCCCUAUUUUUGUUUCUUUUUUCA